CCCUGACCCCCCUCCUGCACCGUGUCUUUGCCACCGCAGAGCUCGCAGAGGAGGGAUCGUCCGGACCCCCGGCGCCCCCCACCCCGGUCCGGCCCGGGAUGCUGCGCGGUGCUGAGCACUGAGGGGCACCAUGGGGUGCGCGGCGUAGCCCCCCGCCGUGGCCCCCCCGGCCGUGGCCCCCCCACCGUGGCCCCCGCGUGGCGCCGGAGCCCCCCCGGUCGGUGCUGAGCGCUCCUUGAUGGAAUUGCGGUGAAUGGAACAGAAGCCCAGCACCCUGGACCCGCUGUCGGAGCCAGAGGACACCCGGUGGCUGGAUGGGAAGCGCAAAAGAAAGAGCAGCCAAUGUUUGGUGAAGAGCAGCAUGUCAGGGUACAUCCCUAGUUACCUGGACAAAGAUGAACAGUGCGUGGUGUGCGGGGACAAGGCCACCGGCUACCACUACCGCUGCAUCACCUGCGAGGGCUGCAAGGGAUUUUUCCGUCGGACCAUCCAGAAGAACCUGCACCCCACCUACUCCUGCAAGUACGAUGGGUGCUGUGUCAUCGACAAGAUCACCCGCAACCAGUGCCAGCUCUGYCGCUUCAAGAAGUGCAUCUCCGUGGGCAUGGCCAUGGACCUGGUGCUGGAUGACUCCAAGCGGGUAGCCAAGCGGAAGCUGAUCGAGGAGAACCGGGAGCGGCGGCGGAAGGAGGAGAUGAUCAAGUCCCUGCAGCAUCGCCCCAACCCCAGCGCCGAGGAAUGGGAGCUGAUCCACGUCGUGACGGAAGCCCACCGCAGCACCAACGCCCAGGGCAGCCACUGGAAGCAGAAGCGGAAAUUCCUGCCUGAGGACAUCGGCCAGUCCCCCAUGGCCUCCAUGCCCGACGGGGACAAAGUCGACCUGGAGGCGUUCAGCGAGUUUACAAAAAUCAUCACCCCGGCCAUCACCCGCGUGGUCGACUUUGCCAAAAAACUGCCCAUGUUUUCAGAGCUGCCUUGCGAGGACCAGAUCAUCCUGCUGAAGGGGUGCUGCAUGGAGAUCAUGUCGCUGCGGGCGGCCGUGCGCUACGACCCCGAGAGCGAGACGCUGACGCUGAGCGGGGAGAUGGCGGUGAAACGCGAGCAGCUCAAGAACGGCGGCCUCGGCGUCGUCUCCGAUGCCAUCUUCGACCUGGGCAAGUCCCUCUCUGCCUUCAACCUGGAUGACACCGAGGUGGCCCUGCUCCAGGCCGUGCUGCUCAUGUCCUCAGGUGUGUGCGUGCACGGGCGGUGGGGGAAUGGGGCGCCCGGCUCGGGGCGGGGGGGUCCCGGCACGGGGGUCCCGGYWCGGGGGUCCCSGCUYGGGGGUCCCGGCGGCACCGGCUGCGGGCGGUGCAAUAGGAGCCGAACAUUAACGCCCGCACCGGGGUGGGGGGCGCAGGACUCGGGGGGGUCACCCCCCAGCCCCGACAGCACCGGCCCCACCCAACACGUGCCUUCGGGCCACGGGCGGGGCCGCGGCACCGGGGUGAUGCCCCCCUCCAGUUCCCGUGCCCGGUGGUGCCGUGACCGUGCCGGUGCUGUGGCCACWCUCGCUGGCGUUGUGGCCGUGUCACGUCGGUGCCACCGCAAGGCGCGCUUUGGUGCAACGCCGGUGCCACGGCCACGCGUGUCGGUGCCGCGGCAAACCCCCCCCGGUUGGUGCAAUGCCGGUGCCGUGUCGUUGCGGUGCCGGUGCCGCGUCCCCGCGCGUCCCCCGCGCUCACUCCGUGGUGGCGCCGCGCGCUCCCGUCGCGACACGGCAGCGCCGUCGYGGGACGUGUCUUACUUAAAUCAGCCCCCGUGA